AUGGAAUCGGGAUACAUAAUAAGGAAUAACGCCAGGAUUACUGCGAAGGAUAUAACAAAUUCAAGUGUAUCAUCAGAAUGCAUUUGUUAUAGACCACAUUCUCACAUUAUUUGCAACGGUUGUGGAUUUUGGACUAAAGGAAGAGUAAGAUACUGUUGUCCUCAACAUCCUAAGAUUGUUUUUCUACACGAUUAUGCUCAAUGUCCACGUUGUAGGAGCUAUGACUUUAUGCUUAAAGAGAUCUAA